GGGGCGCAUGCGCGGUGGCUGCGCCGCGGGGCGCAAGUGUCCAGGGUGGUCGCGCGCUGCCCGCCGCCUGGGCCCCGAUGGCUGCCCGCGGUCUCACCGGCCGCCUCCGAGGCUCGCGGCACUUCUGGAGCGGCUUCGUGGCCGGGGCCGCGCUGGGCGCCGCCGGGGCCGGCCUCGUGGCCCUGCCGCUGAUCCGGAGUCGGGGCUCGGAGCCGGCGCCGGACGAUUCUAAAGAAAAAGCUGUCUUGGAACAAUUUGGAUUCCCUUUAACUGGAACCGAGACAAGGUGUUACACUAAUCAUGCCUUGUCUUAUGAUCAGUCCAAGCGGGUCCCGAGAUGGGUUCUUGAACACAUAUCUAAGAACAAGAUAUUAGGCAACGCAGACAGAAAACAUUGUAAAUUCAAGCCUGAUCCCAAUAUCUCUCCGACCUUCAGUGCGAUCAAUGAGGACUAUAUUGGAAGUGGAUGGUCUCGAGGACACAUGGCUCCAGCUGGAAAUAACAAAUUCUCAUCUAAAGCCAUGGCUGAAACUUUUUACCUUUCUAAUAUUGUGCCUCAGAAUUUUGAGAAUAAUGCUGGCUAUUGGAACAGAAUGGAAAUGUACUGUCGAGAACUGACAGAGCGGUUUGAAGAUGUUUGGAUCGUGUCUGGACCAUUGACUUUACCGCAGACUGGUAGUGAUGGAAAGAAAACAGUUAGUUACCAGGUGAUUGGCCAGGACAACGUGGCUGUCCCCUCGCAUCUCUUCAAGGUGAUCCUGGCUCGCAGAAGCCUGCUGUCCGCAGAACCACUGGUGCUCGGGGCCUUCGUGGUCCCCAACGAAGCCAUUGGCUUCCAGUCCCAGUUAAGCGAAUUCCAAGUGAGCCUCCAGGACCUGGAGAAGUUGUCCGGACUUGUGUUUUUCCCUCGUUUGGAUCGAACGAGUGACAUCCGGAACCUCUGCUCUGUGGACACCUGCAGGCUCCUGGACUUCCAGGAGUUCACGCUUUACCUGAGCACACGGAAGCUCGAGGGGGCCAGGACAGUAGCCCGGCUGGAAGCCAUCAGGGAGAAUCUGAGGACCUCGGGCGUCGAGCCUGAUGAUUACUUCUUGAAGCGCUAUGAAAAGAAAUUAGAAGAACUCAAAGCUAAGGAGCCGUCGGAAAAGCAGCCAGAAACCCCGCAGGGAAAGCCGUCUUAGUCCCCGGAGCGUGGGGUGUGGUGACGGCCAUGUCCUGCGCAGGCUGGCCAUCUGCUGGGCACUCCCCCACACGCCCCCCGACAGAGACGACAGGCUCCGAAGAGCAGAGGCCUGCUGGGAGUGGGGGCGCUCACCCGCAGGGACACUGUCACAUCCGCAGAUCUCGGGUCAAGUGGGCGGAAGGACUGUGUCCACAGGGUGACGCUGUGCCCUUCGUCAUGCCUCCAGAUUGUGCAGAGGCCUGCAUGGAUCCGCUCAGCUUUCUUAGAACUCCAUGUCCCGCGGCUCCUUUGCCCGGACCUGAGCGGCUUUUAGAGAUAGCUUUUAGGAACCCUCCCCCGUCUGGUUUGGUCCCUGUCCUCAUAGAUCAUGUAUUUCUGCCGUUCCUCUUCUCCUGGACUCGCUGUUCCUCCUCGUCUGUGGAAUAGAGGCACUCCACAGCCACAUUUUCUGCUCGCUUAAUGCUGUGUUCUGUGAACCGAGGCCAGAGCUUUCCCCGUAUCUCAAAACACCUCUCGGAGGUAAAUGCUGUUCACCUCGUUUCACCCAGGAGAGGCUGGGGAGGCGCGGGGACCCAGGCUUCUGACCAAGAUUCGCCUUUCCAAAGAAGUAAUGGGCAAGCUCGGAGGCACGGAGGGCCGAGACAGUUAAGAUCGCCUGCCACAGGUCCAAAUCGUCCCUGACACAGAGCUUUGGUGUCACCUAAGAACUCCAUGACUGCGUGUGACUGAGGCUGCUUGGUCAGAGGCCUCCAGUUUCUUGUCUGCCAUCCAGCCAAAGGCACUUUGUUUUUAUUCUGCCCUGCCGGGGUCGAACCCAGUGCCAUACACGCACGGGAGAAAUGGCACAGGCUCUGCCACCGAGCCACAGCCACGGACAAGUGUCCUCUGUCUCGUCCCCUCUUUCGUUCUCCAUCAAGAUGCCGUCAGAAAUCUGAAAGCUGAUCGGGGCUGGGGGGCGGGGAGGCUUCACCAACGCCCCUGCUUGCCUGCAGGGGUGCACUUCCUGUAGCGACGAGGCAAUGGAAAUGAAGUGUUCCUAGCUUCCAGGUGAAAUUGCGGUUCCGAGGCCAGGGACUCUGCCCAGCGUGACCGCCUCGGGAUCUGCAGUUUCGUGCCCUCUGGCCUGCCUGGAGGGCGUCAGGCGGGCUGUGCUUUGGGCCACAGACAUGGGGACAGUGGUCUCCGGGGAUCCAGGGCACUGGUUCUGGAGCCCAAGCUCCGUCUAGAUUGGGGUUGACAAGAGACUCCUUUCAUGGUCCUCGUCAGUCAAGGCAAGGGGGAAAAAAAAAAAAUCUCUGAAAAUAGCCCGGAGGAUCUUGUCGGAAUGCUUCCUACCCGUGCCGUCUCUCCGGGUGCUGUCACAGGAAACGGUUCCUUGGUGUUUCUGUAUGAGUCUCUGGCAGAAAUGCUGAGGCUUUAAUAUGAAAAGGUAAAGAUGUUGACGAAUAGACCUUGUUCUGCCUCUUUAUUUGGGUAAAAUAGAAAGAAGUGGGGGGUGAGAAUGCGGCCUAAUGAAUGCUGUUGCAUUUUAUCGCACUGUUCCCCGCCGGCUGUGCCAGUCCCUUUCUCAGUGAUAAAGCACCAGAAUGUCAUCGUGACCAGAGUAUCUGUUACUUUCGCUCCCUGUUGUUGGAGGUGAUGGUGGGGCCCUGAGUGUUUGGCCCCGGGCCUGAGGGGGCGGGUCUGUGAUACUGCAGCCCGCCUCUCGGUACCCCUCACCUUUCAGUCUGCGCAGUUCCCUCGCACCCACCUCUUCAGUAUCCUGGAGCUAUUUCCCAGCCUCUUCUCCCGCCUCUUGACCAAAGUGGUACAGAAUCUGGAUUUUUUUUUUU